AUGUCCUGCAGUCAUAUCGGCGAUAUCGCGGCAUUACAACCUCCUCGACUGUCCCAGAGCGUUCACCGCUCGAGCUCACCGUUUGGCAAGGAUGGCGCAGAUGGCGUCGAUGGACAUGAUGAAGAGCCUCCCGCAAAAAUGACAAAGUUGGCGAUCGUCGAGGAAAGAGAAGAGGACAAGUACGAGCACAUAACACAGGUCAAGUGUUGGGCAUGCGAUAGUCAAAAUGGAGCCGUCGUCCCAGAGGCGCUAUCAGAUCCCAAGAUAAAAUCUCUGGUGGAGGGAGUGAUGCAAUCGCUUUCUUCUGCGCGCCAAUCCGAAGUGAAAGCAUGGGAGGAAGAGAUCACGCCCUGCGAACACACACUUACCAUCGAGCAAUUCGUGUCGGGCCAUAUACCGGCUGAAGGACUUGCCCACUGUAACGCCUGCGAUCUAAAAGAAAAUCUGUGGCUCUGCCUCACCUGCGGUUCUCUAGGAUGUGGGAGGCAACAAUUCGGUGGAUUGGGCGGUAAUGGACAUGGAUUGGCGCAUUACGAGGCUUCUGGGCAUGCUGUGAGCGUGAAACUGGGAACAAUUACUCCGGAAGGAGGAGCUGAUAUCUAUUGCUAUGUUUGCAAUGAUGCGAAAGAGGAUCCAGACCUGGCGACGCAUCUAGCAUCCUUUGGAAUUAACGUCCAGACUCUCAAAAAGACGGAGAAAAGCAUGACAGAGCUGCAAAUCGAACAAAACCUCAAAUACGAUUUUUCUUUAACUGGAGAUGAUGGAAAGGCUUUGGAACCAGUUUUCGGGCCAGGAUUGACGGGGCUUGCCAACCUCGGAAACAGUUGUUACAUGGCUUCGGUCCUUCAAACUGUCUACUCUCUCCCCUCAUUUCAAACACGGUACCAAAAUCAAGCAUCUACACACGCCGAGAUAUGUCCAGUCUCACUUCCAGCGGAUUGUGUCGAAUGUCAGAUGCACAAAGUCGCUGAUGGACUGCUAAGUGGCCGUUAUUCGCAUCCAGCUCACGCCUCAGCAGACAGCCUGCAACACCCUUCUCCUACUCCCGUUUUCCAGACAGGAAUCAAACCAACAAACUUCAAGGCUCUGAUUGGGAAGGGACACGAGGAAUUCGCGACGAUGCGGCAACAGGAUGCAGAGGAGUUCUUCACCCAUCUGAUCACUGUUCUACGACGGGAUGGUCAGAAAUACAAGGAACGCAGUGAACAAGAUCCUACUACUAUCUUUAGCUAUGCUACUGAGCAGCGUCUACAGUGUAUGUCAUGCAAGAAAGUGCGCUACAGAACAGAUGCCAUGGAUGUAGUAUCUGUUUCCAUCCCUGCCACUGAGAAGGGCAAAAAUGAAGACGGCAAAAUCUUGUACGAGGAUGUAAAGUUGACCGAUUGCCUCGAUCAUUUGCUUGGAACCGAGUCGUUGGAUUAUGCCUGUCCAUCGUGCUCUACAAAUGUCAUUGCUAUCAAGCAGAUGAAAUUUGCAUCUCUUCCUGAAGUACUUGUUGUGCAUGCGAAGAAGUUCCAGCUCGUAAACUGGGUUCCAGCCAAACUUGAUAUUCCUGUCAUUCUUCCCGAGGAGGAUACCCUCACAUUCUCUGAACGACACAUAGGAACUGGCCUGAAGGAAUCGGAGACUGAGUUGCCCAAUGAUGCUGCAGCUGCUCCGGCCUUACCCCAAUUCAAUGAAGCUGCCAUGGCUCAAUUGGAAGGGAUGGGAUUCCCUACUGUUCGCUGUCAGAAGGCUCUAUUAGCCACAGGCAACAGUGAUCCGGAGGCGGCGAUGGAAUGGCUUUUCGCGCAUAUGGAAGAUCCUGAUAUUGAUUCGCCUAUUCAACUUUCGGCUUCUGGGUCUGGGGCGUCAGGAGGGCAAACCGAGCCCGACCCUGAACAGGUGGCGAUGUUGGCUGACAUGGGAUUCACCAGUGCACAAGCCAGGAAAGCUCUCCGAGAAACUUCAGGAAACGCCGAGCGCGCGGUAGAAUGGCUCUUCAACCACCCAGAGGACACAGGUGAAGACGCUGCACCCGCUUCUACCGACUCGUCCAGUUCUGUGCCUACCAUUCCGGGACUCAAAGACGUGCCAGCCAAGUAUGAGCUGGUCGCUUUCAUCUCGCAUAAGGGACCCUCCGUCCAUUCUGGGCACUACGUCGCGCACAUCAAGAAAAAUGGCCAGUGGGUGUUGUUCAAUGAUGAGAAAGUCGUCAAGGCCGACGCCGAGAGUGUGAAGGAUUUGAAGAAGUUGGCAUAUUUGUACUUUUUCGUGAGGGUGUAA